GCGUUGACGCCGUUGAUGACGUAGGACGUUGCGCGUGUGACGAUCCGCUGACAGGAGUGGACAGCCGGGAACGUCCGCCGCCGGGGUGAGAUUUCCCUGAACAUGGACAAUGAAGACGUCCCGGAGUUCCUGAGCCCGAAGGAGGAGAUUUUGUAUUGGAAGAAACUGUCACAGACAUAUAAACAGAGUUUCCAUGAAGCGCGCGACGAGUUGGUGGAGUUUCAGGAAGGAAGCCGGGAAUUGGAAGCCGAGCUGGAGACACAACUUGUGCAGGCCGAGCAAAGGAACCGCGAUUUGUUAUCGGACAACCAAAGGCUGAAAUACGAGGUGGAAAGUUUGAAAGAGAAGCUCGAGCAUCAUUACUCACAGAGCUACAAGCAGGUGUCGCUCCUGGAGGACGAGCUGAGCCGCGCUCGCAACAUCAAGGACCAGCUUCACAAGUAUGUGAGGGAACUGGAACAGGCCAACGAUGACCUGGAAAGGGCCAAACGGGCGACAAUCGUGUCUCUGGAAGACUUUGAGCAGAGGCUGAACCAGGCCAUCGAAAGGAACGCUUUCUUGGAGAGCGAGCUCGACGAAAAAGAGUCUUUGUUGGUGUCGGUACAAAGAUUAAAGGACGAGGCGCGAGAUUUAAGGCAGGAAUUGGCCGUACGUGAAAGGCAGACGGACGUGAGAAAAUCCGCUCCCAGUUCUCCGACAUUGGAUUGCGAGAAGACCGACUCGGCCGUCCAGGCGUCCCUGUCUUUACCCGCAACGCCCGUGGGCAAAAUCUCAGACAACAGUUUUACCUCUCCGAAAGGUAUACCCAACGGGUUCGGUACCACCCCCCUGACUCCGUCCGCCAGGAUAUCUGCACUUAACAUUGUGGGGGAUCUCUUGAGGAAAGUUGGUGCCUUAGAAUCCAAGCUUGCUGCAUGCAGGAACUUUGCCAAGGACCAGGCCUCCCGCAAGUCCUACGUCCCGGGGAGCCUGCACAGCAGUAACAGCAGCACAAGCAGUAUAGUAAACAGCGGAACAAAGUACUCCCACCCCGGGCACACAUCCUUCUUCGAUAAAGGGCAGGAAAAGGUCAUUUUCCCCACGUUGUUUAUGGGGCAAUGAACGGCUACGACCCUCCAGGCAUCCAUGGAUCGCGGCCCCCGUCCCCGCCCGGAAUGCUCCCGCUCACUGUAUGAGCCGCAGGAGGCAGAGAGCAGACUUGCUAAAAACUUUAUUUGUUGUCGUUUCUCUGCUGAAAGUUACAAAGAACAAAAAAAAGCCGCUUCGUUUUAACCUGUUCACUGCCUGAGAAGAAGGGGGCGUGGCCUCCACGCAGGAAAAAAGAGGGUUCAUCUGUUUACUUGAGCUG